GAGCAACGGUUGUGGCCUGGAAAGUUGCGAAUUCUUCGGCGAGCGCAUGGCUGGGUGAGAGACGGUUAUUUGACGUCGGAUAAGUGGUCAGAUCGUGAUUUCAUGUUACACGGUUGGAAAGUUCAAAAAAUCGGUGACAGCGGAUGGUCAUCACCGUUUGAAGUGAGUUGA